CUCUUUUGUUAACCCCAACCAACAACUUUUUCCUCCACUUUGCUCCCACACUCCAAUUCACCAUACUCCUCGUUUCUAUCGAAGAAGAGCCAUUCUUCUCUCUCUUCAAGCCUUUUUUCACAGGUCUUGAAGAGCCAAAAUUUGAAUCUUUUUUUGUUUCUUGUUUGGUUCAUAAAUGGGGAGUGAAACUAAGUUCUACACUUUGGCUGAGGUUUCCCAGCACAACAAUGCUAAGGAUUGUUGGUUGGUUAUUAGUGGCAAGGUAUAUGAUGUGACAAAAUUCUUGGAAGACCACCCAGGAGGUGAUGAGGUUCUGAUAUCUGCAACUGGAAAGGAUGCAACUGAUGAUUUUGAUGAUGUUGGCCACAGCAGCAGUGCUCGAGCGAUGUUGGACGAGUACUAUGUAGGUGAUAUUGACUCAGCAACCAUCCCCACCAAGACCAAGUAUACUCCUCCCAACCAGCCUCAUUACAACCAGGACAAAACAUCAGACUUCGUCAUCAAGCUCCUCCAAUUCUUAGUUCCCCUUAUUAUUUUGGGUGUGGCUUUUGGCAUCCGCUUCUAUACCAAACAGUCAGCAGCUUGAAGAUUGAGUUCAUGGUGAAUUCAUAAUAAGUUUCCAAAGGAGAGCAGGAAAAAAUUAUUGUGGGGGCAGGGGGGGUCUUUGUCAUCUUAGCAUAUCGUGGUUAAAAUACGGGGAUA